CGCGCUCGCGUGGACCAGCCGCGGUCGGCAGCCCAGCCUUUACUCUCUGGGCACGCACACGCAGAGCCGCGCACCGAGCCACACACGCGCGCUCACACCCGCACACUCCACGCCCCUGGCGGCGGUCCGGGCGCUGUGCUGCUCCAGCGACGGGCGGGGACCCGGGCGGGGGCGGCGGCGGCGGCGACAGCGGAGGAGGCGGAGCGGGGUAGCCGGGAGCGGGCUGGCCCGCGCUCCUCCUGGCGGCCGGGGAUUUUCCAGCCUGGGAGCAGACGCCGCGGACCUCCCUGCGGCCGCCGCGGACCAUGGGCGACAAAGGGACACGAGUGUUCAAGAAGGCAAGUCCCAAUGGCAAGCUCACUGUCUACCUGGGGAAGCGGGACUUUGUGGACCACAUUGACCUCGUGGACCCUGUGGAUGGCGUGGUCCUGGUGGAUCCUGAAUAUCUCAAGGAAAGGCGAGUCUACGUGACGCUGACCUGCGCCUUCCGGUAUGGCCGGGAAGACCUGGAUGUCUUGGGUUUGACUUUUCGCAAGGACCUGUUUGUGGCCAACGUGCAGUCCUUCCCACCAGCCCCCGAGAACAAGAAGCCACUGACACGGCUGCAGGAGCGGCUCAUCAAAAAACUGGGCGAGCAUGCCUACCCCUUCACCUUUGAGAUCCCUCCAAACCUUCCAUGCUCAGUGACGUUGCAGCCAGGGCCUGAGGACACAGGAAAGGCCUGUGGUGUGGACUACGAAGUCAAAGCCUUCUGUGCCGAGAACCUGGAGGAGAAGAUCCACAAAAGGAAUUCAGUGCGGCUAGUCAUCCGGAAGGUUCAGUACGCCCCAGAGAGGCCUGGCCCUCAGCCCACGGCUGAGACCACCAGGCAGUUCCUUAUGUCAGAUAAGCCCCUGCACCUUGAGGCAUCUCUGGAUAAGGAGAUCUAUUACCACGGAGAACCCAUCAGCGUCAAUGUCCACGUCACCAACAACACCAACAAGACUGUGAAGAAGAUCAAAAUCUCGGUACGUCAGUAUGCAGACAUCUGUCUCUUCAACACAGCUCAGUACAAAUGCCCCGUGGCAAUGGAGGAGGCUGAUGACACCGUGGCUCCCAGUUCGACAUUCUGCAAGGUCUACACACUGACUCCCUUUCUGGCCAACAACCGAGAGAAGCGGGGCCUGGCCCUGGAUGGGAAACUCAAGCACGAAGACACAAAUUUGGCUUCCAGCACUCUGCUGAGGGAAGGUGCCAACCGUGAGAUCCUGGGCAUCAUUGUUUCCUACAAAGUGAAAGUGAAGCUGGUGGUGUCUCGGGGCGGCCUGUUGGGAGAUCUUGCAUCCAGUGAUGUAGCCGUGGAGCUGCCUUUUACCUUAAUGCACCCCAAGCCUAAAGAGGAGCCCCCACAUCGGGAAGUUCCAGAGAGCGAGACUCCAGUAGACACCAAUCUCAUAGAGCUUGACACCAAUGAUGACGACAUUGUAUUUGAGGACUUUGCCCGCCAGAGGCUGAAAGGCAUGAAGGACGACAAGGACGAAGAGGAGGACGGCACUGGCUCUCCACACCUCAACAACAGAUAGACUGGGGCCAGCCCUCGUCCUGGCAGCUCCAGGUCAACAUCUGCACUCGGAUGCUUUCUCCUCCCCGUUCUGGUUCCCCCUUCCCUUUUGUUCUUCCAGUUUCUACCAAGGGUCUUUCUACCCAGUGGUCUUCCGAGUCUCGGUGAUGAGCCUCUGGCCUCAGAACUGGCCUCCCGUCACCAUGCCAGCAGGACCACAGCACAUCCUCCUCAGCCAUCUCUCUGCGAUCACCUGUCCACCGUCUUUUCAUGCUCCUUCCCAGAAAGGCUACACCAUCUGGCCUUGGGAUUUGGCUUGAGUUGGGGAGCAGAAAAGGGAGGGUGUGUGGCCAGGAGGCCAAAGCGAUGGUGGGUAUGAAGACGUGGAGACGUUGGGCAAGAUGGAUCAAAACACACAGGAAGAUGUCUGCCGUCCCAGGAGGUGAUGGUUUGGCAGCUAAAAGAUGAGGGUAUUGCAGGCUGGAGAGGACAAGACUGUGAAUGGAUUCUCAAUGCUUUUUUUUGUGGUCUAGGCCCACCAGAGACUCCUUCCCCUCCAUCCUCAUCCUUGGUCCAUGUCCCUGUGUUUCUUGAGGGAGGCACACAGACUCCAGACAUGAAGAGCAACGGACUGACUUUCUAGCCAGCGGACACCUAGAUUGAGGCAGGCUACAGAUGCACCCACACAUCUGUCACAGUACAGAUAGGAUCAGUCACCUUACCUUUGUUGCACUGUGUGUGGGGGCACGGAGCAGGGACGCGGGUCUCUAACAAACACCAGCCCCUAGCAGUGAGCAGAAGCCACCGAGAAGGUUGUCUGAAGGAGUUAAGAGAUGGGGCAGGGCAGGGGAUGAGCAUACAUCCUCCUUUCCCGUGGUGGCUAGUCCUGCAGGAGGCAAGGAUGGAGGGCCACAGGCAGCUGAAACCACCUGUAUCUUCCAGCUCCCUCCAGGGGUUUUACAGUGACUUGGCCCUAUAAACUGGGGGGGCGGUGUGCCUGAGACCACCAUUUCUAAUGCUAAGGGAGCCUGUCCCAGAAGGUGGCACCCCUAGAGAUGCACUCCCCUGUAAGAGAGUGCCUCCUCUCCUGGAGGAAUUGACCCCAUUAGUACCUACCAGGGUUGUGGGUACCCAGUGUCCAUCACUGGUGUUAGUGUGCUUGAUGGGGGUGUCUCCCAGGGUAACAGGGCAGACAGGUGGUAAACCAGUAUUCAAAGGUAUACUUGUUUGGUCUUUGAUGCUAACUUGUUGUGUGACCUCGGGCCAGUUCCCUCCCCCUCUUUGAGCCUCAGUUUCUUGUUGGAAAGCCCGUAGGCGGACCAGAUGAUCCCCAGAGUUUCCAGUGCUAGUUUCUGUAAAUUUGUGGCUCUCUGAGCUUCUAGUCUACCGGGUGCGGCUGAGGCUGCCAACUGCCCCAUCUGCCUUUAGAGGAGAUUCAUGGAACCUCAGGGGACUCAGGGCUGGGCAGAGCCUCUGUGGAUUUCUCUGUCCCAGAGUUUGUAUUUGCUGAGGCUUGCACGAGAAGUCUGUGGACAACCUUGGGUUUAUCAAAUAUAAUGAUUAGCAGGCAAGAGGAUCUCAUCUCAAUUUCUGCUCUCUUUUCUCAGUUCUGUACUUGCCUGAGAAGGGAGACCAUGACUUUUGUUUUUGAGGCAGAGUAUCAUGUAGCCCAGGCUAGCCAAGCACCUACUAUGUAGCUGAGAAUGAUCUUGAAUUCUUGAUCCUCUUUUCUCAAGUGCUAGGAUUACAGGCAUGCCCCACACUUUUUUUACAGAUCGGAUCCCAACCGUUUUCAGUCCACUGUGCCCAGUAACUGUAAUAAUUUCUCAUGGUGAAAUGAUCCAGGCUCACUGGCCCUGCACCUUUUAUGUCUCAUAAACGGUCAACUCAAGGCCCCUCUUUGCAGAUUAGAAGAGCCAGUUUGGGGCAGUCGUAGUCCCUGACCAGCCCUGGAAUCAUAACUGCAGACUCUCCUGGCAUCCAGGCCCUGCCAGAGCUAGCUGGGUACUUUUGCACCUAUAGAGUUGAUAAAAAUCUUGAAGAAUUUAAAGCGAGCAUGUACCCUCCACUAGCUUCCACUAAAACCUUUGGAGCUGAUACAAGGCCAUUUAGCAUUUGAGCUAACCCCUCCCUGUCAAACCUCCCUCCCAUCCUUAGCUUGUACAGCCCAGGGUCUCUCAGGCGGAUCUCUUGAACUUCCUGCACACCUCAGCAUCCCACUUACCCUUCAGUUUACCCCACAGAUCAACUGAAAUUCCUCCAGCCGCAGGGAAGUCUCAGAGCUCUCUCUCUCUCUGUUUUGAGCCAGGACUGCCUAAGGUGGAUUCCAGCCCAACCAUCCUUUGUUGACAGCUCUGUUCCUUUAUGCUGGGUGCUGUGGACACUGGGGUGGAUUUCCCCCUAGAAUCCCUGUCUGUAGAAAGCUGCUGGCCGGGGGAAAGUGAGAGGCAGUACUGACGGCACUGGCUACAGCUAAUCCACACAGUGCUCCGAUGUGAGUUUGGACACAGUGGACCUUCCAGGUGGAAAUUACACCAUGGGAGUCUGGAAUUAGGUGUCACUUGCCUCUACUUCAUUCACAGUAGUGUGCUGUCAUCCCGGGUGAGGUACUCGGGCUAGCGUGUCUCUUUGGCCUCUUCAGUAAGAGGCUUAGAUCCCUUACUGCAGACACCAUGCCUAACCCCCAUCUCAUGACAUGGCCCAGUAUUCCUUCUCUGUCCUGGAGUGUUCCUGGUCAGGAAGUACUUGGGAGUGAAACUGGAGGUGAAGGAGCCUCCUGAGGUUCCAGGCAUUCUCGGGUGGUGUUGGCUGUGCUGAGGGACUGGGCUUGUGCCACCAAACAGCUCACACUGGGACUUUCCAGUAGACCAGAGGGCAUAUGUUGAUGCCAGUCUGGGCAGGAAGAGCAUGCUUUGGGAAAAGCUUGUCAAUAGAGGGUAACCGGACUUGCCCAGUAUCCCAGCCAAGAGAAGAGUUCAGUUCCAGAAAGAUAAGGAUGGAGUUGCUUGGCUGGGUCCUGUGGCCAUUUCAGCUUUGAAGCCCAGAUGGUCCCCACUGGAGUGUGGGCUCACAACCUGAUUCCCACCUGGUGCAGUGAAAGGGAGGUACCAUGUCCUGAAAGUCCCCAAGGCCACCUCUCAGUCCCUACUAACUGGAACAAUAGUCUUUGUCUGCUUUGUUUGUGGGAUUCCUAUGAGGCAGAGAGGAGAGCCAGGAGCCAGCACUCUGUAGGCUGCAACCUGCCACACAGAGGUGGCCCUGUCACUGCAGGGAUGAGGCUCGAGGUCACACAGGAAACUUGCCGUAGAAUGAGCCCUCUGUUUGCCAGUCUCUGUCUUUUGUCCUGAUUCUCCUGGUUAGAUAUCAGCCACAAUGACAAUUAGCUGUGGUGGCCUAGGCGACCACACUGGGGAGAAGCGUAGGUGCUAUUUGUCCAAGGAUGGGCCCCAGCAACCGGGACACAGAAGACAUGGGCAUUUUCAGUGAUAGGGGGACAGGGAAAACAUCCUGGACUGUCCUGGGCCGGGAUUCACCCACCUCCUAGAGCCCGCAGAAGCCAAGAAACCUGGACUCUGACCAUAGAUCAGGUUGCUGAACGCAGCUUUGUGCCACCGAGAAAUCCAAGGGUGAGAGGAAAUAGAUGUUGCCUCUUCUAGGAUUCUGUCCAGGACCUACAGAACCUGCACAGCUCCUUGGAGACCUUUGGGAAUGUCCAGUCCUCUUGCUCUGAGAGCUGAGCCCUGGCUGAUCCAUUCACAGCGGCUGCCGCACCCCAGAGUCAGCUCUCCCCCACCAAUGGCUAAUGCCCGUGUGCGUGGCUUCCAUCCACCAGAGAGGGGUUAGGCUCCAACCCUGAACUCCCAGGACCCAGGCAGGUGCCUGUUCUGAUAGUUACUCUUUUUAAAGUUAAGGACCAAA